ACCUUUGAUUUCCAUUUUUCUUGUUCUCGUCAUUUACGAAAGGAAGAUUUCGCGAAAACAUGGAAACCCGAAAUGUAAAAUUUCGAUCUUGCGGUUCGUUGAAACGAUUCCGCCGUUUCUCUGUCGUUAUUGCGUUCUUCUUUCCCGCGGUACGGUAGUGCACGCUAGGUGCUCGAUGAAAUGCCUGCGAAGAAUCGGGUUGUUUAUUUAGCGGUACUUUUGGCAGGGCAUGCUUUGUCAUUCUGGAUAAAAUAAGAUACCUAGGUGGAUAUUGGGUCGUCAUGGUUGAGACCGAAUUCUGGUUUUGCUUUCGAGACGAAUCAUGAUGGAUGUCCUGUGCCAGUGCUCGUGUUAAUGCUAUAUCUCACAGGGGAACUAGUUGUGGCAGCUCAUGGCUAGCGGUAGCGGGAGGAGAUGCCUCCUGCUUUUGGAGAAAUGCAAGACCAUGAGACACUUGAGAGAAGCUCAUGGACAGGUGAUCACGUGUGGGCUUGGGAGUAACAGCUUUGCACUAAGCAGACUCUUAGCUUUUUGCGCAGACCCGCGUCAUGGAAGCGUUCAUUAUGCAUGGGAAGUUUUCCAACGGAUCCAAAUGCCCACCAUCUGUAUCUACAACACCAUUAUCAAAGCUUUCUUGCUCAAUAACGACUUUUUCAGUACCAUGAGCAUGUACAAUAGGUUAUUGAUAAGCGGUUUUUGUCCCGAUAAUUACACGAUUCCUUAUGUACUGAAGGCUUGUGCAAAGCUGCAUGACCAUUAUCUAGGAGAGUCUGUCCAUGGGCAUGGGUUAAAAGUGGGACUUCUGUCGGAUAUUUUUGUGGGCAAUAGCUUGAUCUCUAUGUACUGUGAGCACAAGAGUAUGAGAGCGGCAAGAAAAGUGUUUGAUGAAAUUCCUAGGCGGUGCGUUAUCUCAUGGACAAUAAUGAUUUCUGCAUAUGCAAAGGUGGGAGAUGUUGAUAGUGCAAGGGAGUUGUUUGAUGAGGUUACUGAGAAGGAUAAAGGUAUAUGGGGUGCCAUGAUUUCUGGAUAUGUACAGAAUGGUUGUGUUAAGGAAGGACUGUACACGUUUCGCUUGAUGCAGUUGAAUGGUGUUGAGCCUGAUGAGUCAGUGCUGGUUAGCACACUCUCUGCUUGCGCUCACUUGGGGGCUCUGGAUACUGGUAUUUGGAUUCACAGGUUUGUCAACCUGUGGCGGUUGACAUUGAGUUCUCGACUGUGUACCGGUCUCAUAGAUAUGUAUGCCAAAUGUGGGUAUAUAGACAUAGCCAAGAAACUGUUUGAUGAAAUGCCUGAAAAAGAUAAUAUUUGCUGGAAUGCUAUGAUUUCAGGAUAUGCAGUCAAUGGUGACGGAGAGAGUGCACUCAAGCUGUUUACAGAGAUGGAGAAUGGUGGCAUUCGACCAGAUGACAUCACAUUCAUUUCCAUCUUCACUGCAUGCAACCAUUCAGGUUUGCCACGUGAAGGUCUGAGGCUGUUGUAUAAAAUGUUGACAGUGUACAAAAUUGAGCCUAAGAGUGAACACUAUGGUUGCUUAGUUGACCUCCUCUGCCAAACAGGGUAUUUGGAAGAAGCAAAGGAAAUACUCCUGAAAGUUCCAAGAAGUGGCUCAUUUGAAGAAGCUAUUGCUUGGAGAGCUUUACUCCAAGCUUGCUGUAAGCAAGGAAACUCGCAGAUGGCUGAGUUUGCAGCUGAGAGACUUGUGCAGCUGGAAUGUCACAGUGGAGCAUAUGUUCUACUUUCUAACUUAUAUGCUGUUGCCGAAAAGCAAGAUGAAGUUCAAAGAAUCAUAAAGUUGAUGACAAGCAGAGGAGUUUACAAGGCACCUGGUUGCAGCUCAAUUCAACUUAAUGGGGGUGUUUAUGAAUUCAUUGCUGGAGAGAAAACACACCCACAGAUGGAUAGGAUAUAUAGUACUUUGGACAAGUUGAAUAAGCAGUUCGACUGCUGAAGGUUGCAACCCUUUUCCAGUAUUAAUUCUACCAUCUGCACUUGAAAGAAUGGUUUAACCCUCACCUGGUUUUAGUGUACCACUUUGAGGAUAGAUAGCAACAAGACGAUGUCCCAGUCUUUGAAUGAGUCUGCUACCGAGAGGAAAUAAUAAAGAGUGAAGGAGUUGAACUACACAGUAACAGUGUUGAAACCCUCCGACAUGUUCACAAAAAUGAGAAAUCGAGGUCCCAAACCCUCCGACAUGUUCACAAGAUGAAGCAUGAAAUGUCCCAAGAAGAAUUUGCUCUUCGAUAAAAGGCUAAUGGAAGCUUGAGACAGGUGGGACAAUAUGAAGUUACCGACAUUGGAUGGACAUAGUAAGCUUUGGAGAUAGUAGUUUUAGCAAGAUUGAGAUGGUCUUAUUUGAUGUGGCUGUGGAUACAAAUGACUCAUGAGGAACCAAUUUACUUGUGGAAGGUGCUGGAGGGAUUUCUUUUGUUUAGACUCCACGAUGACGAAAAUACUUCUAUUUGUAUCUAACAUAUUAUGACAUUUCAAUUUUACGGUCUCUCUUAAAAGUCUGUUGUCUCACUUACCUGGGAUUUGAUUAACAAGGAUGUGAUAAUAAAAUGUGACUUA